UUGUGUACCCGGCAAUAGCAUCCAAUAGUACCGAAAUGAGACUCUUAACUCCGGUAUAUUUCUGCGUAGUGUAAGGGAAGAAGCAGAGGAUACCAGUCAUCAGAAUUAAAGAUUUGUAGAUGUUUAACUAUCUGUAGUGAAAUAAUUUCUCUGAAAGAAGCAAUUUCCAAUCGCUUAUUAAAGGGAAAAGUAAUACCGAGGGUUCUAUGUACCUUACCUUUGAUUCUUUAACGACGCUAAGGGACCGAUCCCUAUUCAAAAGGAACGCAAGGGUCGCGAUGCAUCUAUUACGGAGGUAGGACGGAACGGAAAGAGAUUUCGAUGUAUGCAUAGGAAGAGACAGAACAAAUCCCUCUUUAUAUAAAAGGGAAGGCAGACACUGAGUGAAACGAACUUCCCAAGGGAUUUUUUGCUGAGUGAAAGGAAGGGAUGGAGAGCGCGUCUGUAUCACAUACAGCAAAAGCUUUUAUAUUUUGAAACUAAAUAUUUGUAAGUGAGCUGUAUGAAAGUUUUGAAUGGCAACUCGGGUAUGCCGGAUAGAGUGGUAUAAACAAGAAGGAAAGAAGUUUCAGUUAAACGAAAAAGAAACCCAUUUAAAACGAAAAAGAUGCGGAGACGCUAAGGGGGAGAUAUACAGCGACAUCAUACAACAAUGAAAAGUAACACAUGAGGGAAACUUUUCAAAGAGAUGACUAGGCUUCACCUGAGAAGAUGCUGAUGAUAAUCACAUGCUCCUACGGAAAGAGGUUGAACUUCUGUGAUGGUAAAUUUUCAUUAUCCUGAGCUGGGGUGCUCUUUGCUUCCGAUGCCAGCCGUCGCAAUUGCCGAUACUGAGUCCCAAUCAUUCGUCGCUUACCCUUUUUUUAUCUUUUUUACGAAUACCCUCUGGUUCCCUCUUCAACUGCCGCCGAGUGGUCGGUCAGCCAAGUACAUCUUUAAAAGACUUGCUGGGACUCCUCAAAUGCCGUUUCGGGAAUUACUGCAUCCGAAGCAUUUAACCUUUAUUUCUUCCCCUAAUUUAUUAAACUUUGAUUUACCCCGUCUAUUCCAUUCAGACAUGUGCGCACUUAGAAAUAAUUAAGUUUACGCACUUCAUGUUCCCGUUAUGCAUUUUCACUAGCUCCUGUAACCUUCCUUUGGCCGCCUUGUUGCUUUUUUGGCGCCUCCUUUUCGUCUGUUUUCUCAUUCGUUCAAGCUCCUCUUACACUUUCCAUCAUCCUCACGAAACACUCCUACAAGGUUCGAGACUUACGUCAAAUACCGGCAAUGAAAAAGUAUCUCGUGAUCUCAUAUACCGGCUCUCCACACUUACGUCGGCAUUGCAAAGGUAGCAAAAGGUCUAGAACGGUUAUGAGCCCUAUCAUUAAACCAAUCAGAAUAAACAAGAAACGUGACUCGUGUGUGGUUGCACUUUAUUUUGCCAAUUCACAAUGCCUCGAGUCUUAUAAUGUUCAUUGAUGUUACCUUUCUCCUCAUUGAUACGUAGCCGAACUUAUUCUUCUUCUUACUAUCUCGCUCUCACUCCAUCCUUUGCGUCAUUUUUU